UAUACGACGUUAGUUGUGAUUGUACUUCUGAGAGAUUCGGGCGUAUAGCAUUAAAGAAACUUGAAAAGAUGAAGCGUCUUUUGUUUGUACUUUUAAUCUGUAUUUCCUUGGAACAUGUUAGUUUACAAGAACAAAAACAACAACAGGAAAUCCAAAAUCUACAAGAACAAGUAAGGUUUCUAUUCAAAUACUUGGGUCUUGUUUUUACAAAAGAAGAAUCAAAAAUGGAUUUGAGAGCCGGUUUGAAAAAGAUGUUUUUCGAGUCACUCUCUGAAUAUGAAAAACAAACGCUACCAUGUUUCAAAGAGAGUUUUUUAUCACUAAGAGGGCAAAAUGAUACGAAAGUGUUAGAUGUAUCGGACGUACCAAAAGGCCGCGAGGAGUUGAGAACGCGAUACAAAAAUAUAAGUUCACAAGUAAUUGACGACACGAUAGAAUGUUUUAUGAAAAUUAAUGAUUUGGCUGUCCGUAACAAUCUUAUGAUUGACCGAUUGAAAAUGUUGGGAGCUACUAGUUUUGUUUUGAACGCAACAUACGUGGAAAAAAAACAAAAAGAUUUUGCGAAUAAAAUGGGUCAAGAAAACUAUGAAUUCCUUCGUGAAGAUUAUAACGAAUGCCUGGAGCUACUUGAAACGGAUCUAUCCAAAAAACUGACACCAGAUAUUGUUUCUCGUAUUAUGAGUUUUCAUCGUAUGAUAUAUGGAAACCGAAGAGAAAUUGAAACUGCUUUGAAAUAUCUGUAUGGCCCUUAACUCAUCAACGGCUGCAACGAAAACUUCUGUAAAUGUUAAAACAAUUAAAAUAUGUUAUAAUGAAAAGAGUUGAAAAGAAAAUAAUAAUAAAUUGA